AGUUAAAAGCGCCCUUUCAGCUGUCAUGGCGUACACGAUUGAACGUGUUUUUUUUCGCACCGGUUGCAGACCAGUUGUUUAUCGCUGCGUUCUAUAGUCCCUUGUGAUACAAUGGAAAAUGAGGAGGAAGACUAUUUAUUGGCCAAAAGACUGCAGCAACAGUUCGACCAGGAAACCCUUGAAAUAAGUUCCAGUGAUGAAGAAGUGUUUAUUGUCGAUUCGAUUGAACGGGACCAUCAAUUGGCGAUGCGUCUGCAAGCCCAGUACAAAGCCGAAGCAGUGGAGCUGUUCUCCGAUAGCGAUGAUGAUGAUGUUGUAUUGCAAACAACUGAAACGGACGCCAGCAGAAGUCCUUUGCGAAGGAAGGCACUACUGCUGGGAACUUCAAUGAAUGAUUGUUCCUUGACAAGUCGCAAGCCGUUCAAGACAGAUGUCAAAGAUCUGAAUACCAACGAAUUUUUCAUGGAAGAGCUCCAAGCUUAUGUGGACCCAGAGAACAAUUUUGAGUGGAAAUUUAUCGACGUUCUCCCGGACGUUGAGUCGAUAUUCACCAAAUUCGAUGCACAAUUUUUUCAGUCUCGUUUUAAGAAGAAAAAAAUUACCAUCGUUUGGUCCGAUAGCAUGGGUGCAACCUGCACCAAUCGUAACUUUAACGAUGACGAGGGCAGAUAUACGAUUGCCCUGAAUGCACCGUUGCUAGCUUUACGGCCUCGCAUCGAAAUCAUCAGUAUUGUAUUGCAUGAAAUGAUACACGCACUGCUUAAAAUAGACGGCAUAAAAGAGCCCAACAGUGGGCACGGUGGAAAUUUUCGUAAGAUUAUGACAUUUCUAAACAGCAUGCUCCAGACCAACAUUUCCUUUAACCACAAGCUAAACAACGCCGACAGCGCGUGCCGCAGGCAGUGGUAUCGCUGCACGGGUAUUUGCCAUAACUACAAACCUUUCCAUGGGAUUGUGCGAUCGAUCGAGGGUCCCCCGGGUCUACAGAACGAAUGGUGGAAAGAGCACGCCAGCAGUUGUGGGGGCACUUUUUAUAAAAUUUAUGAAAUGAGCAAGCUGGUUUGUGGUCAAGUAACGACACGUUACGCUGUUAAUGUAAAGUAUAUGCUGCCGAAGCGCGAGAAUAUUCGAGGCCGAUUCAAAUCAACAUUGCCUGUGCAGGAAGCGAUUGAUCUUACCUCCGAUGUUCCAAAGGUGAAUUCCGUUCUCGACACCGUCAAUGUAGAUGCGGAAGAUGCAGUGGAGACAUCUCCUACCACAACCACUGCGGAUGCAUUCAUUAGGCAGUUCGAUCGAUCGAUUGCUUUUACUCGCGAUGCGUGUGAAAUGAUGUGUCCUAUCUGCCAAGAUCGAAUCAAGCGAAAACUGUUCAGUAACCACAUCGAUGGCUGCAAAGGGUUUGUUCGAGUUGUGCAGUGGAAAAAGUCGGCCACCGGUACGAUUGUACAAAACGGAUUGCGAGAGCUCAAAUCAACCUCAGGAAUAGAAGCGCACUCUAGUGCGGUAGGAAGGCCACACGCUUUAUCCGAUUCUUCUGCGCCUUCAUCGUCAACAUUCGCAAAUUAUCAACAGGCCAAGCGAAAACGUUUUGGGUAGAAGAAAUUACUUCGCGUCCUGGAUAAAUAUCGGUAAAACGAGAAUGCCAGUUGUAUUAUAUUUACUAGUUUCCUCUAUGCACACCUAUUUAACUUGUUACCACCUUGUGUUGUUCGAAAAUAAAUUAUAGUUAUAAGCGCCA